AUGACAUCGAUGGUAUCUUCAGCUGCUACUGCUGCUUCUGCUGCUUCUGCUGCUGCCACUGCUGCGGAGAAGAUCAAAGUCACGAUUCGGAACGAGAUCAGUGCCUUUGCGCUCGAGACGUUCCCAGGGGAGAGCGUCGCAGGCGUGAAAGCUGCUUACCUGGAAAACGGGGACAAUGUUGGCCACCCCAACUUUAUCUCGUUGCUGCACAAGGGCAAAGAGUUGGCCGAUGAGAAGACUCUGGCGGAACUAGGUAUCACAGACGGCGACGUGCUGGUGCAUCUGGAGGUGGCGCAACAGCCGUUUCAUCCACUGAACUACAAGGUGCUGGCCGAGAGUAUCAAGAACCGCCGGAAACACGAGGAGGUCAACAUGCAGAUGCUAAAAGAAGACAAUAUCUGGGCAGCAGGCUCUGAUGGCACGGUGCACCGUCUUGGCAUGGAGAAAAGCAUCAUCUCGCGCUCGCUGAACAGCAGUUUACCGUCGCACUUUGCUAAGCAGAACGUGGGUGCAGGCAGAGCUUUUUUCAACCAGCUCUCGGUCCGUGUCAAUGGCUGCAGCUUCCAUGUCCUGCCCAGCAUGGAAGGUCGAUGGAAUGGCGAACUCGCGACGAUUCCGCCACAGGAUGAAGGCAGCCAAGUGUGCUCCAAUGAGCUCGUGUUCCGGGACGACGAGGGGGUGUGGAGUCAGCGCCAGUCGAGGACGACCAUGAGUGGACUCACGUCCAUGCAGCACAUGUGGAUUAAACCCGUGUCGGACGGUAUCCUCAAGAUCGAAACGGAUGACCCGACGCUGCGUGGCUCUGAUAUUACGAUGCAGGAGCUUGGCACGAACGUCAUCAUCAUCACGGCUACUUCCAAGCGUUCAGGACGUCCGAUGAUGGUGGAGACAAUCACAGGUAUCGACAGCUCGCGGCGUCUACGCACCAUCCAGCGUUUCGACGAGUCUGGUGCAUUCCGUUCGGUCUACGUCAUGAACGAAGUCCGGGUCGUCGAUGCUGUGUCUGGGGCGAUGGAAAAAUACGACAAUGUCUUUUGA